CCUACCUUUCAACGCCGUGGCUCAUUACAGCUGUGGCAAUUUUUAAUAACUUUGCUAGACGAUGCUGAAUGUAGUGGCAUUAUCUCAUGGACAGGGCGUGGAAUGGAAUUUAAAUUAAAUGAUCCAGAAGAAGUUGCACGCCGAUGGGGACAACAAAAGAAUCGUCCAGCCAUGAAUUACGAUAAAUUAAGUCGAUCGCUACGCUACUACUAUGAGAAAGGUAUUAUGCAAAAGGUAGCUGGAGAACGUUAUGUCUACAAAUUUGUUUGUAGCCCAGACGCAUUAUAUAAAAUGGCUUAUCCUGAUGCUAACAAAUCAGUUCCAAGGCAAGAAUAUCGGUCACCUUUAAUUCAACAGGAA